CUCGAACGUUAACCCCAAAACUAAACUCUUUGUGUGUGUGUGUGACAAAGUCCAAAACUCCCAGUUCCGGAAUGGUUCUUAAAGUUCAGUUCCGCAAGCCAUAAGGUGAAACAUGAGCAAGGGCUUCUUCAACAACCACCGUUGUCUGAAGAUAAGAUGUAGAUGUAGAGAAACAUAGAGAGAGUAAAUACGAAAUCCAAAUGUUCCAUGAUGGAACCCAAACGACACUUCAGUGUUUACUCGGUAGUGACUUCCUCACCCCGAAAAGCAUCCGAACCGUGGUCGUCCACAUACAAAUACCUGUUUCCUUCUACAGGUCAGCAACAAAGUGAACUCCACCGGAUUACUUCCAACUUCCAUACAUGGAUUUCAGUGGCAAACACAGUUAUUGUUUCCCAUCCAUCGAUACAGAAAACAAGCAGGCUGGUGUCUCUCUCCCUUCUCUCUCUCUCUCCUUCUUCUUCUUCUUCUGACUUCUUCAACAACGUCAUUACGUCCUUUAUCUUCUAUUGAUGUAAGCACGCCCCACACACACAUACACACACACUCUCUAUCUUAAAGGGACUUUCACUGAGUCUGUAACACACUGCACUUACUCUGUAACAAUUUAUUCUGCAUUCUGUUAUUGUUUUACCUUGUACUACUUCAUUGUGUAAUUAAUUGAUCUGUACGGUAUGCAAGACAAGUUUUGCACGGUACCUCGGUACAAGUGACAAUAAUAAACCAAUUCCAAACCCUGUUAUUUUAGUUUUUAUGUGUAGGCCAUUAGCAUGCGUGGAAGGGAUGUAGAGGCUGCACCACUUCUCAUUUCUCAGCCAAAUAUUAAAAACGGUCUGCUUGAAGCUAAUAGUUUUUCCUGCCUGAUGCGGAGUGAGACAAGCGCCCGCCACGAUGCUUCUUCCUCCUUUGUCGUCAGGGAUAUGAAGCCACAGAGCGGUUGCCGGGCAGCAGAUGGUGGAAGUGACCUUGGUUUGUAUCCGGGGCGGAGCCCGAUCCGGAGCAGGGAGGGAGCUGUUUGCUUAUUGACCCCGGGCCGCGUUUUGCCGGAAUAUCAGUCAGCCAGGGGCUGCGGGGGGGAAAAGGAUGACCAAGUUCUCUCGCCUGCAGAUGGCCGCCAUGGUGCUGUUUUCCUUCCUGCUGACCCUGAGCUUGGGCUUGUGGCUGCCCGAGGUGCUGAGGGUGUUUGUCAAGGUGUUUGGUUGCCCGGAGGAACUGGUGACCCACGGCAUCGUGCUGAUGUACCUGGUGUUUGUGCUGUGCGUGGCUAUGCCCGCGCUGCCCCGCGGCUCUGUGAAGUUGAGCCACUCUUGGUGUCAUGGUCUUGUCUCUGGCAGCACUCUUCUGGAGAAGAGUUUUCCCAUCAUUUUCUGGUUGAGGACAAGGCCAUCUUAAUCACAGGAUGCGAUAAAGGAUUUGGUUUUGCUUUGGCAAAGCAUCUACAUGCUAAGGGGUUUUCUGUUUUUGCUGCCUGCCUCUUAAAGGAUAAAAACGGAGAAGGUGCUCAAAUACUUGAGAAGAAGAAAUGUGAGCGUCUAAAGGUUCUUCAAAUGAACGUAUGCUCAGAUGAGGAAGUGCUACAGGCGGUGGAAUUUGUAAGGAGACAUUUGAGGGAACCGGAGAAGGGACUUUGGGGUGUGGUGAACAAUGCUGGCAUUUCCACUUUUGGGGAGGUGGAAUUUACAAGUGUGGCACAUUACAAGGAAGUUGCAGAUGUCAACUUAUGGGGAACUAUCCGAGUAACUAAGGCCUUCCUUCCCCUUAUCCGGCGAGCUAAGGGUCGUGUUGUGAAUGUUGCCAGCCUAUUUGGACGCAUUGGCAUCACUGGCCAGUCUGCCUAUUGUAUUUCAAAUUAUGGAGUGGAGGCAUUCUCAGACUGCCUGCGUUAUGAACAACAACGUUGGGGUGUUAAAGUCAGCAUAAUUGAGCCAGGAAACUGUAUAGCUGCUACAGACAUCCUUACUCGUGACCAUAUUGAAAGCAUAGCUCAUAGACUGUGGAAUGAAACUGAUAAAAUUGUUCAAGAAGAUUAUGGGAAAGGAUAUUUUGAUCGACAGAUAGUGACAAUGAAAUCUUUCUGUACAAACAGUUCAAAAGACAUGUCUCCUAUUAUUAAUGCCAUCACUGAUGCACUAACUUCCAGAUAUCCAUACUGUCGUUAUGAACCAAUGGAUGCCUAUUGGUGGAUUAGAUUGCACGUUUUGGCCUACUUACCUACUCCAAUUGCUGACUGGUUGUACAAAAAUUAACCAACCUGCCAGUGUGUUACCAGAAUGAUCUGCUUCCAACAUGUGCCAAUUUCUUCAUACUUCCAGCUCCAUUACUUAAUGUCCAUUAACUAUUACCUUGACCUGAAAUUACUUAUUAGAAUCAUAACAAUUAAUCUAGUUAUACUCUAUAUAUAAGAUUUCAAGUGCACUUGAUGCAAUUAUUUUUUACUUGAUGCAUUUUACAGUAGAAAAUAACUUUCGGUUACUUCCACUGAAUGCUGUGUAUUCACUUCUAACAUUUGGUUCCAAGUGAAGAGCAGAGUACAGGGUGCCAUUAUGGCUAUAUUCUGGGUAUUAUUUGAUGUUCAAAUUUUUGCUGUUUCACCAUUGAAUCUUUUGGGGCAUUUGUCUUCAAUUCAUGAAGUGAUUUUUUUUUUCCACUUUAGAGAAAUGCUUCCUGUGCAUAUUAAUACACUGUACCAAGCCUUUUUGAGAUGUGAAAUUUUGCUUAAGGUUUUCCCAGAAUUCAUCCACUUUGUAAGUUGAGGAAUGACAUUGCGUGUUUAGCGGAAACUGAGUUCUAUCCUGACUUGCUCGGUCUCCCUGUGACUGCAUGGUUUUCCCUCAAGUGCUGAGUGCUACUUUGGUAGGUUGAUGGCUAUUGUAAAUUCACUAAGCUUUAUACCUAAUGCAACUAAAAUGACAUGUUUCUCUUUAGCUGCAUUUAUUUUCGUAUAUUCCACUGCAUCACAAGAGACCUAUAUUGAGGAAUUGCGCUCUUCUUGUGGAAAGUCCAACAUCCCAGAUAAUAUCAUAAUGAAUAUGCACAAUGGUCAGCUCUUUUGCUUCACCAUUCUGUCUCAACUGGGCAUGUAUCAGUGAUGAUCACUAAUAAUCCUAACUCGCUUGUGCAUACUGCUCAACAAAAAAGUCCAUUUGAUGAUCCUCUACAUCAUGUGUGCAUCUGUGUUGGUGUAUGUUUGAAAACUGGUUGGUGCCAGUUGUUGAAUGGGAACUUUUAGUUUAAGGUCAACAGUAAUCCUAGUUCUAUGAAAUGAACAAACAUUAUGUUCUUUACAACUAUAUAUUUAGCCAUUGGGCAGUGCAGCCAUUAUUUGCACUGUCAUGUAUUAUCACAGCCAUACAUUGAUGUAAUAAACUGUUUAAAUAAUAGAAUAUCUGAUUAAUAUAAAAUACUCCUGUUUCCACCAAUUUUCAUAGUUAUCAUGUUUUUCCUCUGGAACAGCUUGAUGAUACUUUGCCCCCUGGUAUUUGCAUCCUCAGUUCUUCCAUACAUUCCAGUUCUGUUUUGAGGUUUGAACCUUCAAGUGUAAGGUCAGUAGGGACUAAGACAAGAUAAUACACAGUAACUAAAGAAUGUUGAUCUUGGAGUAGGUGUAUUCUAAGAAAUGCAGCCUGGUAUUCAAACUGCAGAGUGUGCUUUGAUAUGAUUGGUAAUUUAUCUGCAUUACCAACAGCUUCCAUCUCUCAAGGUGAUUUAUUAUUUGUUAAAAUUGGCAUAAAGGGGAAAGAAGGGUGCAUUUGUGGGUAUGUUUAAAAAAGAAAUAGCAACACAAUUUAUCAAAUAGUCAAUUUGAAUAUUGAAUGGACUUAACAGAAUCGGUAAUCUUUGGUCUUCUGCUCCAGCCAGUGUGAAAACUCUAUUCUGGAGUAAGACCUCCACUUUUUUGUAAUUUUUUAAAAAAAGCCAAUUUUUUUAAUACCUUUUCUAUGUUGGAGGUUUUGCUGGUUUGAAUCUUCAAGAAAGAGGACAUUAUCCCUUCCAGUUAAUCACAUGAACCAGUUGGUAAACAGCAGAAUGGAUUGACUGGAGGGGAUCAUCUCUGCAUAUUGCAGGCUGCUAGAUAAAGGUUAUCAUUGACUUGUUUUGGAUCUCUAACCUUGAACAGCGUAAGCAUCUCUCUGCAGAUUGGACAUGCUACGUUUGCUGACGUUAGAUCAAAGUGAACAGUGAAGGUCAAUGAUAAUGUGUGUCAAGAUUGGGUAGUUUACACAAAAUAAAACAAUUUGUACAAGGUUCAUGUGAGGUUUAUUGCACAAUUCUGUUUUUGUGGUACAUUGCAUGUCACUCCGCUAUUUAAGAAGGGUGUGAGACAGCAAAAAGGAAAUUAUAGACCUGUUAGCCUCACAUCAGUGGUUGGGAAGUUGUUGGAGUCGAUUGUCAAGGAUGAGGUUACAGAGUACCUGGAGGCACAUGACAAGAUAGGCUGAACUCAACAUAUGGUUUCCUUAAAGGAAAAUCCUGCCUGACAAAUCUAUUGCAAUUUUUUUUGAGGAAAUUACAAGCAGGCUAGACAAAGGAGAUGCAGUGGAUGCUGUGUAUUUGGAUUUUCAGAAGGCCUCUGACAAUGUGCCGCUCAUGAGGCUGCUAAACAAGAUAAGAGCCCAUGAAAUUACAGGAAAGUUAAGAGCAUGGAUAGAGCAUCGGCUGAUUUGGCAGGGAACAGUGGGAAUAAAGAGAUUCCAUUCUGGUUGGCUGCCGGUUACCAGUGGUGUUCUGCAGGGGUCCAUGUUGGGGCUGUUUCUUUUUACGUUGUAUAUCAAGGAUUUGGAUUAUGGAAUAAAUGGCUUUGUGGCUAAGUUUGCCAAUGAUACAAAGAUAGGUGGAGGGGCAGAUAGUGUUGAGGAAACGGAGAGUCUGCAGAGAGACUUGGAUAGACUAGGACAAUGGGCAAAGAAGUGGCAAAUGAAAUAUGAUGUUGGAAAGUGUAUGGUCAUGCACUUUGGUAGAAGAAAUAAACGGGCAGACUAUUAUUUAAACGGGGAGAAAAUUCAAAAUUCAGAAAUGCAAAGGGACUUGGGAGUCCUCGUGCAGGAUACCCUAAAAGUUAACCUCUAGGUUGAGUCAGUGGUGAAGAAGGCCAAUGCAUUGUUGGCAUUCAUUUCUAGAGGAAUAGAAUACAGGAAGUCCCCGACUUACGAACGCCCAUACUUACGAACUGACCUUCGUGGUCGGUUCAUAAGCAGUCCCGGCCCCCGAUCCUACCAUGGUGGCGGUACACCUUCUUUGGCCCAACCCCAGGCCAAGUGCAUAUGUGUGGCUGGGGCCAUGCACGGCCGCAAUCCCCAGCCCAAGUAUGCAUGCAUGGACACUGUUCUGAGUUACGUACAAAAUCAGGUUGCGAACAGUCUCAAGAACGGAACUCGUUUGUAACCCAGGGACUUCCUGUAUAAGAGCAGGGAUGUGAUGUUGAGACUCUAUAAGGCAUUGGUAAGACCUCACUUGGAGUACUGCAUGCAGUUUUCGGCUCCUUAUUUAAAGAAAGGAUGUGCUGACGUUGGAGAGGGUUCAGAGAAGAUUCACUGGAAUGAUUCCAGGAAUGAGAGGGUUAACAUAUGAGGAAUGUUUGACUGCCCUUGGGCUGUUCUCUUUGGGGUUCAGAAGAAUGAGGGGGGACCUCAUAGAAACAUUUCAAAUGUUAAAAGGCCUGGACAGAGUAGAUACAAGAGGGCACGACUUCAGGAUUGAAGGGCGCCCAUUCAGAACAGAGAUGCAGAGAAAUUUCUUUAGCCAGAGAAUGGUAAAUCUGUGGAAUUUGUUGUCACGGGUGGCUGUGGAGGCAAAGUCAUUGGGUGUAUUUAAAGCAGAGACUGAUAGGUAUCUGAGUAGCCAGGGCAUCAAAGGUUAUGGUGAGAAGGUGGGGGAGUGGGGCUAAAUGGGGGAAUGGAUCAGCUCAUGAUAGAAUGGUGGAGCAGACUCGACAGGCCAAAUGGCCAACUUCUGCUCUGUCUAAUGGUCUUAUUCCGUAUAACAUCAAACAAGAUUAAUAAUUUUCCAGUGAACUUAUUUUUAAUCAACUAACUGAAUUGAACAAACUGUACUUACAAUUUAGGAUUCAGCCAAGAUUGCAAGAAAAGCAGGAUUUUUCUCAGUAUCUGCAACUUGAUUUGGGUGGAGCAGGAUUGGAAAAUUGAGGAACAUAAUUUUGGGAGGUUAGGGUUAGGUGGGAAAGGCCUCAUGGUUAAUUCUUCCUCUAAAACUUUGGUAUCAGAAUAUCCUCUACCUUUCAACCCACUGCCACUGCUGAUGUCCGCAUUCUUAUGGUCUACCCUCUCCCAAACAAAUGAUAAUUACAAGGGCUAAUGUUCCUCUUCUGCUGGACAGUGCACUUGCCUGGAUCCUCCCAUUGCACCUGGACUGAUAGAUUUUGCCCUAUGGGCAUUCUGUGACUGAAUACCCCCAGCAACUUAAAAGAUUCAGCGGCAGAUUGCUUUAAUUUUUUUGAUCGAGUGAUGUUUGCCUCUUGUUACUUUUGUCUUGUAAUAUUAACAUUUGUUUUAUGGCCUGCUGGCAUUUGGUUCAGUUUGUUUCUGGUUAAUAAAUAAUAUGAGCUCCA